AUGGAGCAAGAAGCCCGUAGUAGGAAAGGGACGUCAUCUGAAGGAGAGCUGACACAAUGUUCACAGCUGUACGUGUCAUCUACCAGGCGGAUAUGGAAGAACCUAGUAGUGAUAGCUGUGGUCUUCCUGGUGAACUUCACGGCGUUUCGCGCCAUACAGAACCUGCAGAGCACGCUGAACAGCGCGGCCGGCCUCGGUCGGCUCGUGCAAGUGGACCGUCGUGGUUUGUUUACUUGGACACAUUUUAUACACAGGAUCCAAUUUCUACCCAUCCUGGUACACUCUGAUACCGUCUUCGGUUUUGCUCGGGGCUAUUUCGGGUCCGCUUUGGACGGCACAGCUCACCUUUUGACCCGCUCUGCUCAGGAGUACGCCAAACUGUUAAAACACGACAGUCCGGAGGGUGACAUUGCCAAGUUUAACGGCGUGUUCUAUUUUAUGUUCGGAUUUGCUGGGGUUAGCGGCAAUCUUAUUUCUUCAUUGGUGCUCUCUGCGGGAAGACAGGACAUCGGGAAGGGAGAACUAGAGUUCUGCGGCGCGAUGGAUUGUGGGAUUCGUCCUGAAACCAACUGGACUACUCAUUACGUCACUAGAAACUCUAGCACGUCUCACAAUUCCUCCGCCGGACUUCCAGACGACAAUAACAACCAACAGGCGAUCAUCUACACACUUUUCGGGGUCUUCCUCGCGUGCAACAUCUUGGCGGUGCUGAUAGCAGUACUUUGUUUCGACAAGGAUGUCAAAAACAUGGAGCUGGCGUCCACUGAGCCUGUCCCUACGGUGUCCCAACUCCUGCUCCGCACAGUGCGCGUGUUGAAGGAUGUCGACUACUUACUCCUGAUGCCUCUACUGGUCACCAUCGGGAUGUCCGAGUCCAUCGUAGCAGGAGAGAUCACCAAGACCCGCGCUAUUAAAAGGCAUAAAGCCAGACGACAGAGUGCUAAAGAAGCAACUUACAUAUUCCCAGAGGAGGACUAUCAAAUCCUCGUUACGUCACUACCAAUGAAGGGUCAAGGUCGAGGCGAAAGUAUGGAGCAAGAAGCCCGUAGUAGGAAAGGGACGUCAACAGAAGGAGAGGUGACACAAAGUACACAGCUGUACGUGUCAUCUACCAGGCGGAUAUGGAAGAACCUAAUAGUGAUAGCCGUGGUGUUCCUGGUGAACUUCACGGCGUUUCGCGCCAUACAGAACCUGCAGAGCACGCUGAACAGCGCGGCCGGCCUCGGCGUGGUCUCCCUGAGCUGUGUGUACGCCUGUAUGGUCCUGUCGUGUCUGUACGUGCCGAUUUUCCUCCACAAAGUCGGCUCGUGCAAGUGGACCGUCGUGGUUUGUUUAUUCGGACACAUUUUAUACACAGGAUCCAAUUUCUACCCAUCCUGGUACACCCUGAUACCGUCUUCAGUUUUGCUCGGGGCUAUUUCGGGUCCGCUUUGGACGGCACAGCUCACAUAUUUGACCCGCUCUGCUCAGGAAUACGCCAAACUGUUAAAACACGACAGCCCGGAGGGUGACAUUGCCAAGUUUAACGGCGUGUUCUAUUUUAUGUUCGGAUUUGCUGGGGUUAGCGGCAAUCUUAUAUCUUCUUUGGUGCUCUCUGCGGGGAGACGGGACAUCGGGAAGGGAGAACUAGAGUUCUGCGGCGCGAUGGAUUGUGGGAUUCGUCCUGAAACCAACUGGACUACUCAUUACGUCACUAGAAACUCUAGCACGUCUCACAAUUCCUCCGUCGGACUUCCAGACGACAAUAACAACCAACAGGCGAUCAUCUACACACUUUUCGGGGUCUUCCUCGCGUGCAACAUCUUAGCGGUGUUAAUCGCAGUACUUUGUCUCGACAAGGAUGUCAAAAACAUGGAGCUGGCGUCCACUGAGACUGUCCCUACGGUGUCCCAACUCCUGCUCCGUACAGUGCGCGUGUUGAAGAUUGUCGACUAUGUACUCCUGAUGCCUCUACUGGUCACCAUCGGGAUGUCCGAGUCCAUCGUAGCAGGAGAGAUCACCAAGUCUUACGUGAGCUGUGUCCUGGGUGUACAGAUGGUGGGUUACGUCAUGCUGUGCUUCAGCGUCACCAGUAGUGUGUUCUCCCCCCUGCUGGGUCACCUGAGUAAGUACGCCGGCACCAGGACCAUCAUCCUCGCCGCUGUGGUGGUCAUAGCAGUCUUGCUCAUUUACAUGUUGCUAUGGCAACCGGAUGGGGACUCCCUGGCCAGGAUCCUGUCGGUGUCGGGAGGAUGGGGCGUGGUGAUUGCUGGCUGGCACACUCAACUGUACGCUGUUCUCGGAACCACAUUCCCUAGUAACCAGGAAGCCGUCUUCGCCAACGCCAAAAUGACGCAGAGUGUCGGCAACAUGCUGGUAUUCGCCUACAGCUCAGGUCUGUGCAUGGACGUCAAACUGUACAUCUACGCGGCCCUGCUGGCGCUGGGAGUGGCGGGGUACGGGGCGGUGGAGUGCCGGAAAACGCGCAACAACAAGAACAACCCGGGGGACAACACACCGGGAAGUACGGCAGAUCAGGGGAAGGGUUGUGACGCCACUCCGGAAAGAUGGGAUCUUUUGAAAGGGAAACAUUGCUAUAACUAUUCCUAA